UUUGCAGGUCGCUCCGUUGGAGACAUGUGUUCCCUCUGUUCUCCAGCAGGAGGCGAUCACGUCACCACGUCAACGAGCAGCAGAGACCAGACGCUGAUCUCAGACCAGCUCAGGUUGAUCGGAGGCGAAGGCAGCAGGCCUCACGUCUCUGUCUCAGAGUAACAGUCGCUGUGAGGAAGUAACACUGAUGCUUCAGGCUGAUAGAGACGCUCAGCGACGUGUUUCUGACUAAGGCUCAAACCCACUUCAGAGCCAGAACGAGCAGCAACAGCUGUUCCUAUCGAACGCGUGUGUGGGUCCGAUCACAAUGUGACGCGUCUUAGUUUGGUUUGAGUCUUUACUGAAGCCUGUUCCAUCACAUCCGCUCACAAUGAACCUCACCUCGACCUCUGACCACAUGAGGGAGGAGUCUGUGAACCGACAGGAUGUGUCUUCAUCUGAGUGAUGGAGGCGACCAUGAGGAAGUGAGACCUGACUAAGCAUAAACCACAUCAGUGCUGAAGAGGCUCCAGUUUCCAGCAGCAGAGACGGAGGCACCAUGGUUGGACACACAUGGAUCCACAGCUUGUUAAUAGUGACAGGGCUUCAGUUCACAGGAGCUGCUUUGAUCAGACGUGGAGACGACGUCUCGUUCCCUUGUAACAAUCUGAUCCCUGAUCAGAGUCAGUGUAACACCACCACCUGGCUCUACAGUGUCUCAGGACCAGCACUAGUGGAGCUGGUUACACUUGGGAAGAUUAGAGAAAACGAUGCAUCUAAAUCCAACAGACUGAGUUUAACAGAGAACUGUUCUCUGGUCAUAAAGCAGAUCACAGAUCAGGAUGCUGGUCGUUACACCUGCAGACAGUAUAAUAAAUCAGGACGACAACAAGGUGUAGAUGCUGCUGUUGACUUGUCUGUUGUUACCUUGACUCAACAUGAACACGAUGAUGAGGUGACGUUAAACUGUCACGUGUGGACGAAUAGUCAGUGCAGACACACAGUAAAGUGGCUGUUUGAGGAUAAAGACCUGGAAAAGACUUCAAUAAAGUCAUCAGAGUCUCUCUGUGACGCUGCUGUUACUUUUAGUAGAAGUUCCUUCUAUUCAUCGCGCUCCAUUACUUCAUUUACGUGUGAAGUGAGAGAUGGUCACAAUCAUCAAAGCUCCACCUUCAACCUUCAGCCUCAAGGUGACGACAAACCACCAGCAACAGGUGGAGGUCUGUGGAGGAACGUCGUGGUCUCGGUGGCUGUAACGUCUCUGGUGGUGGUGGUGGUCACAGUCCACGUGUGGACCAGAGCUGAAGGGAACAAAGGGACGGAUCAAGCAGUUCACGGUGAUGAAGACGAUGGUGAAGGUGCAGCGACGUAUGAAAACGCCAGAGACUCGUCUGCUUCAGUCUGAGCAACGACGGCAUCAACUCACCACGCGCAUUCAUCCUGCUGCGUCUGAGUCUCUGUUCUGUUGUUAAACCAUGAAUAAAGCAUCAGACGUUUA